UAAAAAAAGAGGAAGAUGAUUUUGAAGAAAAGAAAUCCAUUAAGAAACGAAUCAAAGAAUUGAAAGUUUUGGACCCAAAGAUUGCACAGAAUCUGUCAAUUUUCCUUGGCUCUUUCCGAAUGUCUUAUGAGGAAAUCAAAACGAUGAUAUUGGAAGUAGAUGAAACACAGCUGGCAGAGUCCAUGAUUCAGAAUUUAAUAAAACAUCUUCCGGAACAAGAACAACUGAAUGCAUUGUCCAAGCUCAAGGGCGAGUAUAAUAAUUUGUCUGAGCCAGAGCAGUUUGGAGUUGUGAUGAGCAAUGUGAAGAGACUACGGCCACGGCUCAGUGCUAUUCUUUUUAAGCUUCAGUUUGAGGAGCAGGUGAACAACAUCAAACCUGACAUCAUGGCUGUCAGUGCUGCCUGUGAAGAGAUAAAGAAGAGUAAAAGCUUCAGCAAGCUGCUGGAACUAGUAUUGUUAAUGGGAAACUACAUGAACGCAGGUUCUCGGAACGCGCAGACCUUUGGAUAUAACCUCAGCUCCUUGUGUAAACUGAAGGACACUAAGUCAGCAGAUCAAAAAACAACAUUGCUCCAUUUUCUGGUAGAAGUUUGUGAAGAAAAAUAUCAGGAUGUCCUAAAUUUUGUUGAGGAUUUUCAGCAUUUAGAUAAAGCAAGUAAAGUCUCAGCAGAAAACCUGGAGAAGAGCCUGAAGUAUAUGGAAAAACAACUCCAACAGCUUGAGAAGGAUUUACAGACUUUUCCAGUUCCUGAAGAUAAGCACGAUAAGUUUGUGGCAAAAAUGUCUAGCUUUGUUGUUCAUGCCAGAGAAGAUUUUCAGAAACUUUCCCGGAUGCAUGAGAACAUGGAAAAGUUGUAUCAGAACGUGAUGGGAUAUUAUGCCAUUGACCUGAAGAAAGUGUCAGUCGAGGAGUUUUUAACUGACUUGAACAACUUCAGGACAAUGUUCAUGCAAGCUGUAAAGGAGAAUAUGAGACGAAGGGAAGCAGAAGAAAAACAGAGGCGUGCUAGGAUAGCUAAGGAGAAAGCAGAGAAGGAAAAACUAGAGAGGCAACAAAAGAAAAAGCGCUUGUUAGAAAUGAAAACAGAAGGUGAGGAGACUGGAGUGAUGGACAGUCUGUUGGAGGCCUUGCAAUCAGGCGCUGCUUUUCGAGACAGAAGGAAAAAGACACCAAGGUCUAAAGAUAUACCACAAAAUCCCAGUCCAGUGAGUCAGAGGCCUGUGCUGAAAGCCUGUAACCACGAGAACCAGAAAGCACAACCGGAGAAGUCAUGUUCACACCACAGUAUCAGUUUAAACUCGACGAGAAGCCCAGUCACCAAAGAGAUUUCUUAUGACAUAGAAACAAAUUCUUCUACACCGUGGAGCAAAGUUGCUGGGAGAAAGGAAGCCUGUAAUGGAGAAGGCAACAAAGAAAAGAAAACAGAGCGUAUUGGGUCGCCUUCUAAGGGAGAAGCCAUUCCAGAAGUAGAAGCUCUUUUGGCAAGACUGCGAGCACUGUAGGCUAAUCACAUAAAGGAUUAUAUCAAAACACACUAUGUUAGCUUACAUCUUGUAAAAAUACGCUGAUUUUCCAUUACUGACAUUACAUAUUUUUGAAUUCCUAAUAUGUGAAUACUCCACCCCUAAACUGUAUAAAGUAAUACUGUAGUCUUGCUUAACUGUAAGCAGGUUUUUAUAUGUUU